CUUAUUAAUCAUGGAAUAACACCGAUCCUUCUGAGGCAUCCCCCCCCCCUCCAGGUGAAGCUCCACCUUUUCAUUGGUUUGUCCAUUACCCUCACAGUACCCUUGGGCUGGACCAUCCCCCUUCUCUGCCCCUCAAACCGUCGGAUUCCUUCUUCUGCGCCCUUACGUCAGUCACUAUUAAGACUCUGCAGUCGAUGUUGUGCUGUCUCUUGUCACUCUAGACCCCAGGAUUGCCAGAUCUUGGCGACAGGUCUCAAGUCAAAGAUCUCUGGAAUUCCUGGCUAUCUAUUCAACACAAUCGCAUCAGGGUCGAGGUCCAUGGUGUUGUGAAAAGAUCGUUGCUCUUUCCGAUACCACCAGCCUCAUCAGACUCGGCGGGAGUCAAACAGACCGUCAUCAUAAUGACUGGUCCAGGGCGAUCGCCCUCCUCCCCCUGGGUGCAGAAUGCUCAAGGUAGAGCCAACCAACCUUUUCAUCCUAGCAUGUCACCGUCACAGGCGAGCAUGCACAUGAGCUCUGAACGAACUAGCCCCAACUACUUUGGGAUCAUGUUGGAAAGCUCCGGUAAUCCCCCUACCUCGAAUCCUGGAUCGCACACGCAAAAGAACUGGGGAUCAUUUCAAUCAUCUUUACCAAGCCCCACACUUCAACUGUUCUCGCAGGAGUCGGUAUCGGAGGGUCUGUCAACCCUCUUGAGAACCGAGUCGGAAGCUGAUAAAGGUCGACGCGAGUCGGCUUUGCAGAGUCUCUCUACAAAUGGAGACUCAGUCACCCGAACAUGGACGAGAGCGCCACAUUCCCCAACAACCAGUGGGCAUUCAAACAACCGGAUGCAGGAACCUCCGAAUAGCUAUUGCCUCAAGCCUGGACAGAACUCAGGAGCUCCUUCACGAGAUGACGGAACAUCCAUAUCAUCUCGAUGGAUCACGGCUGAGCGUUGUGCUGAGAUAAUCAAGUCCAAGUUACCGAAAGUACUACUUUUAGACGUUCGACCAUAUGCCCAUUUUUCGCAGUCCAACAUCACUGGCUCUUUAAACCUAUGCAUCCCGACCACUCUUCUCAAACGUCGCUCGUUCGACACCCAGAAACUCGAGAACACCUUCACUAGUGAUAAUGAUAAAAGCAACUUUGCUCGAUGGCGAGAGUGCACCAUGAUUAUCGUCUAUGACUCCGCUACGUCAGAGGUCAAGGACGCCGCUCCAUUAAUGCAUGUCAUCACCAAAUUCCAGGCAGAGAACUGGAAAGGGGAGGGGCUGAUCCUACAAGGAGGGUUCACGGCAUUCUCGAGGCAGUUUCCGCAAUAUGUUCACCGACCACAGGCACAGACGGCGGGACCGUCGCCGAAGAAGAAGCGCUCACCGAUGAGCAUCGAUCUACAGUCCAUUGCUCCGGUUGUCGGGGGUUGUGCACUGCCCGAUUCCUCAUCCGCCGUCAAUCCUUUCUUUGGCAAUAUUCGACAGAAUAUGGAUCUCAUGGGAGGAGUCGGACAAAUACCAUUGAAGCUACCAGACGGUAUGACGGAAACGCAACGACGGGAACUCCCCUUGUGGCUACGAGAUACCUCGGACGUCAAGGAUCAAGGGCACCUUGUCUCCGAGAAGUUCUUGGGGCUAGAGAAGAAAGAACUAGAACGGAUGAAGCAGGCCUUGACGUACGACGGCAACUCGGCGUCCACGGGGGGUGCUACCAAGAAAUAUCGCGUUGCAGGGAUUGAGAAAGGCACGAAGAAUCGCUAUAACGAUAUCUAUCCAUUCGAUCAUUCUCGGGUCCGUCUUGAGGGCAUUCCAUCGGGGGGCUGUGAUUAUGUGAAUGCGAAUCACAUCCAGGCCGAGCUCAGUAAUCGACGGUACAUCGCCACGCAGGCUCCAGUGCCUGAUACGUUCAAUGACUUUUGGCGCGUAGUAUGGGAACAAGACGUCCGGCUGCUCGUUUCUUUGACUGCCGAAGUCGAGCGAGGCCAGGUCAAGUGCCAUCCCUAUUGGAAGUCGGGAGACUAUGGCCCUUUUAAGGUCAAGGCCUACUCAGAGAGAUUCAUCAACGUUGAUGCCAAGGCCAUUGACCCUACGGUGAAAUACCCUAUCGGGUCUGGCCAGCAAGCACAGAAACCGGACGAAUCGAACGACAACCCGGUCAUCAUUGUGCGACACUUCAGUCUCUAUCAUACCGCAUUCCCCUUCCAACCUCUGCGGGAUAUCACUCAACUCCAAUAUCCCUACUGGCCAGACUUCGGAACCACAUCCCAACCGGCCCAUUUAUUGAAUCUGAUCGAGCAAUGUAACAAGGUCAUCCGGGCCACUAGCCCCUCCAAGUUUGGAAACCAAGAUGCCGAGCCGGAGGGCCAGCGGCCGAUCUUGGUUCACUGCAGCGCAGGUUGUGGGCGCACGGGAACCUUUUGCACCGUGGACAGCGUGCUCGAUAUGCUGAAGCGACAGCGCAUGAAGAAUCCAGGUUCUGACAUCGGGGCUCUUCAAAACUCGAGCCUCGACCUCAUUGUUAAGACUGUGGAAGACUUCCGAACCCAGAGGCCCAGCAUGGUCCAAAACCUGAGUCAGUUCGUACUUUGCUAUGAAAGUGUGCUCGAGUGGCUCGUCUCCCGGAUGGACGACGAGGACGAUUGAAUGCAAGCGGUGAUGAAAGACCCCUUCUCUUCUCCUCCUCUUUGCCCUUGAUGAUAGCGGAUACCCAUUCUUCUAGUUUAUGAUGCUCGAUUGAUUUUUUUGUGUAUUUGCAUUGCGGGCGUUUGGCCUGGAAAAGAGGAUUCGCUAGCUGUAUGCAUCAAAGCAACGAAGUUUGAACUUUUUUUUAUUUUUCAAGGAUGAUCUUGAUACUGGAUG